AUGGACGCAGAAAGCUGUUUGAGCCGGCUUUCCGACAGCCACUUGAAGGCGCAGGCCCGCGCCUGGCUGGCAGCAGACCGAAACCCCCAAACCCUCGCCCAGGCCCGCCAGCUUCUCCAAGAGGCCCCUGAAGAAGAACUCAAGGAAAUCUUCUGCAAACAUUUGGUCUUCGGAACUGUGAGUUUUGGCCCUUGGGGGCCCCUUGGGGGCCCCCUGGGGGCCCCCAGGGGGCCCCCAGGGGCCCGCAAGGGCAAGGGGGCCCCUUGGGGGCCCCUGGGGGCUCCUGGGGGCCCCUGGGGGCCCCUGGGGGCCCCCAGGACCCGGGGGGCCCCCAGAAGUGUGCAGAAGGCAAAUUUGUAA